AUGGUAACACUAGAUAAAACACCGUACGAAAUACUUGAUGUUCCUGAAGAUAUUGACUAUGAUAAAUUAUGUGAAGUCUAUCGAACGAAAAUUCAUGAACAUCUCCAAAAGAAAAUUUCAGCAAUCAAUUAUCGACAUAUCUGUCGAGCAUACGAAACAUUAUCUGAUUUCGAUAAACGUAAACAUUAUGACUCUCACAACGAAUGGAUUUCUGAAUUGUCAAUUGAUGAAUAUACUCUACAACAACUAGCUGCUGAACCUGAUCUAAUACGCGAUCUAAAACAACGACUACGUAGUGCUAAUUUAACAAUACUCAACGCUCAAGAUCCUAUAACAGGUCACACAACACUUUAUAGUGCAGCUCGUACUGGUAAUAUAGAAGCUGUGAAGUUUUUAACUGAAGAAGGUGCAGACUCGGAUUUAUCGCAACGUAUACAAAGUACUGCAUUACAUGCUGCUUCUUUUUAUGGACAUGCUGAUAUUGUUCGAUAUCUUUUGGAAAGUGGAGCCAAUUAUCGAAUAGCGAACUCAUAUGGUCGUACUGCUGAGGAAGAAGCUUAUAAUGAUUAUGUGAAAAAUGUAUUUAUUGUAUUUAAACAAAUCGAUUACGUACGAGUAGCUGCAAAUGAACUCGAUUGGUUUCUAAAGAAUGGUUUAAAACAAUGUCAAGAUACAACAUAUUUUGCUCAACAUCAAACAUUAUUACAUUGUGCUAGUAAAAAAGGUUAUUUCGAACUAGUUCGUUGGCUUAUAGUACAAUGUUCAGCUAAUAUGGAUCUUAUUGAUUUCAAUGGAAAUUCUGCUCUACAUCUCGCUGCUUACGGUGGUCAUAUUCCUAUUGUUGAUUAUCUUCUCAAUCGUGGCUGUGAUCCAACUCUUAGAAAUCGAUGGGGUACAACAGCUGAAGAACAAGGUACUAAACAUGAUAGUCGUAUUACUGAUAUAUUCAAAUGUAUGCGUGAACGUGAUAUGUUUGAAAUGGCACGAACAGGUGUAGAUUGGUGGUUUUAUUAUUAUUUCGAUAAUAAAUCCAAAGAUAUUAUUGAUUCUAAUGGCAUAAGUUUAUUAUAUUAUGCAUGUCGUUUUGGACAAUAUUCUGUUGCGAAAUGGUUAUUAGAACAUGGAGCUAAUGUUAAUAUUCAAAUGAAAGAUAAACCAAAAAAUACUCCAUUACAUGGUGCAAAAGUUCAUGAUCAUUUUUUAAUUGUCGAACUUUUACUUGAAUAUGGUGCAGAUGUCAAUAUUAAAAAUGAUUUCGGAACUACUGUCUUUAAUGAAGCAAUAUCUGAAAAAGUAGAUAAAGAUUCAUCGAAGAAAAUUAACGAAAUUUUACUUCAAUAUCAACGUAAUUUAAAAAGUCAUAAACUAAUAGAUGUAUAUAUAUAUUUAGACGAAGGUAACGGAGAAGAACCGAUAGUACGACUACAAAUAAAUCACAAGACUGUAUAUGAAGAUCUACUACAAACAUUACCUGAAAACCUACAGAACGAAAAAUGCUAUUUCUCUAUCGCUGGACGUCCGCUAAAUUUCGAAAAACCAAAAACACGUGUAAUGUCAGCUGUAUAUUGUGCACGCUAUGCAACUUCGAAACUUGUGGACACGCCACUUCGUCUCACUCUUCACAAGACAUUAUUAGAUAAAACACGUCAUCAAUUUACUCGUCAAGAUCAUCAACUUGAACCUCGUCAAUUUGCGUCUAUAUUUAAGAAACAAAAUGAAUCCAGCCUCUUUUUAUUGAAAGGUUCAUUUACAGACAUACAAACGUUCAACAGCGAUAAUUUAACAUUUACUUUCUCAGCUAAUUGUGUCACAGAUGAUGUUACAUUUAAAGUCACAACACUUUGCUCAUCUGAUGUUCGAAAAUAUGGCUUACCCGAUGCUAUUUGUUUUUUCGAAACAACUCUUUUCAAUGCUAAAAAAUCUGAUACACUUCUCGCACUACCUGUCGUAACAAUUACUCAUCAGUCAAAUGCUCGUUUAUACACAUUAGCAAUGCCUUCAUCUUAUUGGUUUAGUUCUGAGGCACGUCCAAACAAACUACCUAUGUUUGGUGGUAUUCAUGCAUUCAUACGUCAUGUUGAUAUCAUUCCGAAUAAACUUACUCUACCACCAGAUAUAUUUAUCGCAGCUGCUCUUGGACAACCAUUGACAUCACGAGACACUCCUAUACCUUGUACAUGCCUGGUUCUCUGCGAACGAGAUACUAAGUCAUUUCCGCAUGUAGCAUAUCAUGGAACGACUAUUGAAGCUGUCCGAUCAAUACUUACCGAUGGACUGAUCAUACCUGGUACGAUAACAACCAGCGGAAAACGUAUCAAUCCGUCUAAAAAUCAUAUCGCACGUAACGUAAAAUUUUUGGGUAUACCUGAUUUUGCUACUGCCAUUUUUGUAAGUCCCAGCGUGUAUUAUAGUUCGAAUUCAUCAUAUACAAGUGCAUUUUCUUAUGGUGGUCACCAAUUGAUACCCGUACUAGAAUGCAGUAUCAAAGAAAAUGGUUUCAGUAUAAAUAGAUGUACUGUGAGCAGCUAUAAUGCACAUCCAAGUGACGAUCUUACAACUAUCGAGUGGUGA